AUGGGACUUCGCGAUGUUGAAGAUGCCUUCAACCGUUAUAUUUUCGAUGAAGUGCCUGUGCGCAUGUUAUACUUGCCGCAGAUGAAGCUCCUCGAGAGAGAUGCGUUAAAGCGUCUUUAUCAACCUCAUAUCGACCACAUUACAGAAGAAGAUUUGCAGGAUAACCCACUUGGGAGAAGUGCAGCAAUCGAGGAGAGGAUCAGAAGACAAUUGAGUUAUGGAAUCCUCUCGCACCGCUGGCUUUCACUAGACUCGGAGCCAAGCUUUCGAGACAUAAUGGGCGGCAACACACUGGAAGGGCCAGGCUGGGAAAAGUUGAGCAAGUUCUGCGAGGUCGCCAACAAAAUGUAUGGAGUGGAGCUCGUUUGGUCAGACACGUGCUGCAUCGAUAAGACCAGCAGCUCAGAGUUGGAUGAGUCUCUCCGAUGUAUGUUUAGGUGGUAUCGCAAUACAUCCAUCUGCAUUGUCUACCUUGCCGAGACGACCUCCAUAGAUGGAUUUUAUAACGACGAGUGGUUUACUCGAGGAUGGACCUUACAAGAGCUACUCGCCCCCAAUACAAUUAGAUUCUUCCGCAAAGAUUGGGCACCGCUAACAGGCUACACAAAUGACAAGGCCGACCAUGCUGCCAAUCGGCCAAUCAUGGAAACCAUCGCAGAAGUUACCGGUAUCUCAUUACAAGAUCUACAGGCCUUCGUCCCUGGUCCUUUCCAGGUUGACACAAGAAUGGUAUGGGCAGCACGCAGGAGAACGACUAGGAGCGAGGACGUAGCUUAUUCCCUCAUGGGAAUUUUUGAUGUCAGCAUUCCAAUUGCAUACGGAGAAGGCGCCCAACGAGCGUUUUGCAGGCUUGUUGAAGCAAUCAUGCAAGUAUCCAACGAACCAGGAGUCCUGAACUGGGCUGGAAAACCCGCACGGAUACAUAGACUGUCCAGCGCGUUCCCCUCUGCUCCAGUAUGCUACUUUGGGCAUCCAGACAACGUCAGAAGCCUUGCAGAUGAAAAACGCGAGUUCUCUUUGACAAACAGGGGUCUGCGUAUCCAACUCCUUGUCAUACCGGUCGACCUUGUCACUCCAGUAACCCCCCCAGCGACGUCUAUCCAAGAUCGUGCGACGUUUCGUUGCAAGGCAUUCAAAAUCAGUGGCUUGACAAUUGAAGGCCCUUCUUUUCCUGUCCUUGAGAGGACUGGGACAAAUCGAUAUGCCUACUCUUUUGGUAUCAUCAACUAUGCCAUGAUCCAAGGAGAAGGCAAGGAUCCUAUCCUUCCGAAAACGUGCAUUGCUUACCUAUUAACGCGACUGAAGGGGACGUCGUCAUUUGCAAAAAUGGUUCUUUCUGUUUGUCACGAUUGGAAAAAGGUUGAAACCAAGACGUUUGUUACAUUUGAUCUCCCACAAGACUAUACUAUUGCGAAGCGGAACUUGUUGACGACAGUAUGGAUAUGA